AUGCGACACGCUGAGUCACGGUUUUCCUCAUGUGUGGCAGAGGACAAGGAAAACCUUCACAGGACCAUGAUGGUGGCAGGUCAAGUCAUCACGCUCACAGGUGGGGCUGCAGAAGCCGGGAAUCCCAGUGGGAUUCGCCCACAAGUGCAAGUGGAAACGGAUGCGCAGGCCAUUAGCCAGUGGCCAGCGGUCGGGGUGCGGCGUGUGGGCAGCCCCCUGUUGCUGAGGUGCACCGUCACAGGGACGUCGAACCCCAGCCUGUACUGGUACCGCCAGGCCGCGGGCGGAGCCCCCCAGUUGCUCUUCUACUCCAUCGUUAAGGGCGACGUAAAGGCCGAGAGCCCCGGGAACCUCUCGGCAUCCCGGCCCCAGGACGGCGAGUUCACCCUGAGCGCCCCGGGGCUGCGGCCCGGGGACUCCGGCGUCUAUCUCUGCGCCUGGGACGCACACUGCGCGGGCGGCGCGGGCGGCCUUGCAAAAACCCACCUCGGGCCUCACGCCGCCCGCAGGCGCCCCGCCGCGCCCCCAGGGGCUCUGGGACCUGCUCCGACUCCGGCCGGCCCAGUGAGGGCCUUUGACCGGGCGGGCAGGGAACGAGUCGCCAAGACAUCUAGUCCCUGCCAGUCACCUCCGGCCCGCAGCCACCCGGUCUACCCUCCGUUCACCUCCAGUCCUGCCUGUCUACACCCGGAGGGGGAAGGGAGCGAGGAGCGUCGGCGGCGGGGGCGGGCAGGGGCGUGGGGAUGCGGACGCCCGAGGUACGCAGCUGCCUCCUGCUGGUGGCGGGGGGCUUCCCAAGCCCGGGCGGAAAUCCGGCGCAGACUUGGCCCCGGGAAGGGCGGUUUGAGCCUGCAGAGGGAACUGGGGCACAAAGUGACCAAGGGACUCCGCUACAGGCCCAAGGGCCCCUGCUGCACUUGGGUCAGCUGCCCAGGGAACAGCCCUCCUGUGCUGGCCAUGGGAGAGACCAUGGCUUCGGACAGCUCGAGGACGGUGGGGAAGCCAGGGCCGAGAAGAGGCGGCACUGAGGCGGGUGUUGUCGUGGUGGUUUCCCCGGAGCUGAAGGGUGGCAAGCACUGGGAUGAGUGGACGCAGCUGCUGGGGGACCCUGAGCGGUCUCAGCACCCUCCUGGGGGUCUUGCCUCCCUGGGGGACACCCGCUUAGCACCCCCUCUCAGCCCUGCUCUCCUGCCCUCUGGCACCGUGUCCUGCCCCCCACCCCGAGGCACUUUCUGUCCCCAUAGCCAUCCAUCCCCUGCCCUGCAGGAGGAAUUUUGCAGGAAGCCCAGUGUGGAGAUCAACUAUCCGCUGCGCCACCCGCGGCCUCUGCUCUGCAAGUCUAGGAAAGUGGAGGAGCGCCUCUUAUGGGUGCUGGUCUAG